AAGCCGCUACGCGCAAGAAGCACGUAGAUAAGCAAAUUUCGUGCUACCGGUGUUUGUCUAAUAUCUGCCUGGUUAAUAUCACUUUUGUAUUAUUAAAAUGAGUAUCACAAGUGUUUUAAUAACUGGCGCCAACAGAGGGCUCGGUUUAGAAUUUGUCCGGCAAUUUCUAGCAUUGCCCAAGCCUCCAGUUCAUAUAUUCGCAUCAUGUCGAAACACUGACAAAGCAACCGAACUUCAAGCGAUUGCCAAGAAAAAUUCCAAUGUGAAAGUCAUAAAAUUGGACGUGAAAGAUGUGGAAUCGUUUUCAUCUCUUCGUCAACAGUUAGAGCUGGAUUUGGGAGAUAAAGGUCUAAAUUUGCUGCUCAACAAUGCUGGCAUAUUGUUUCGUGAUUCACUCGAAGAGGUAACCAAAGAGACAAUGAUGGAAAAUUUUGAAGUCAAUGUUGUUAGCCCUUUAUUGUUGACUAAAGAAUUAUUGCCAUUAUUGAAAACUGCUGCUUCUAAAUCAAAUGAAAAGAAAUUGUCAUGUUCACGAGCAGCUGUCGUCAACAUUACAUCGAAAAUGGGAUCUCUUGAUGAUAAUACCAGUGGUGGUUGCUAUCCCUACAGAACAAGCAAAACUGCAUUGAACAUGGUGUCGAAGUCUUUGUCUGUGGACUUGAAACCUCACGGCAUCUUGACUUUCGUCAUACAUCCUGGAUGGGUCUUGACUGACAUGGGCGGGAAGAAUGCGCUCAUCACUCCCGAGACAAGCGUCGGGGGCAUGAUUGACGUCAUCGUCAAUGCGAAGGAUGACCACUGUGGCAAUUUCUUCAAUUAUGAUGGCAAGAAAAUUCUCUGGUGAAAGUUAAUAAUGUUUUAUAAACCUGUUGCCUAAUUUUGUAAACAUUUUUGGAAUAAAUUGUUAUGUUUUUUUAA